AUGUUUACAUACUAAAUAGCUAAAGACUACUCUUCUUGUGGUUUAAUUGCACUGCGCUGACCAAUAAUGGUCUAGUUUUGUCGAUCAAAAAAAUUCUGAAGAUGAGAGUUCUCCUUAUGUUGAAAUAAUCUUGCUGUCAAAUGUUGAAGACUUGAUGAGGCUUCCCAAAAAUAAGCUUCCAAUGGAAGAUUCGCGCUAGAACCUAAAAUGCGUCCAACUCUAGAUUAGGUUAAGAUUGGGUCUUGUCGUGGCACGUGUGAUAAUUCUUCGAGGAUUGUGUAUACACUAUAUCUACGAAAGGAAAAAUUAUUUUUAGAAUAUUUAGAUAUCGUUGUUAAUUUGUACGUCAAGUAUUUGUCAACGGCUCCGUAACAAGAUGAAGAUAUUUUCAUUCCGACACAGAAACUUGGUUUUUGGUGUAACCGCAACUGUUGUCGGAUGCUGCACAGUUCUCACACCGCAUACUAUUCUUCUAAAUCAAUACAGAUAUAUAAGAGCCAGAUACUAUCAAAUUGACAAGGAAGCACCACUGGGUUCUAAGAUGCAUCAGACGAUUCAGGACGUGAUGAACGAUUUAAAACUACCUGACGAUGUUAAAAGCCUCAUAAAACCCUUCAACGCGUUUGGGUUUGAUUUGUUUCACGCUGGGUCGCUCUACACCAAGUACGGAGCCAUCCUAGGUAUACCAGUCAACUUCACCAACGCGGCGGAGCAGCUCCGGGAGAACUUGCAGAUCCUGGAGGAGCCGAUAGACUGGACGCGACAGGACGCGAAGAGCUUCCUGAAGUCUACGACGCUGUCGGAGAACGCGCAAAAAUUCGCGAUAGCUAAUGAGAUUCUGCGAAUCCAGACAGAGGAGCCGCUCUUCAGCUCGUUUCUUCUAGGUGUAAUCAUAGCAGGCUUCUGGACACUUUAUAAUUCUAUAACAUACAAGUACAGUUUACACAGAAAUGUAAUAAUGUGUCGCACCCUCUAUUCGAGCUUCACCCUAUGUGGUAUCCUCGCGUGGUUUGGUAUCAAGGAUUACAGAACUUAUAAUCUAGACAGCGAACACGAUGAGGCCCUGUGUAAGCUAGGGCCUGAGUAUGUUAAAGGAGGACAGGAAUUUUAUGAGAAACUGUUGAGCAGGAACAGAGCUCUGAGGUCUCUCUUGGGAAACGAUGGAAAACGCACCUACACAGCUUAUGGAAAUGAGCACACCUUCUUAAGACAGAGAUACGUGCCAAUUUCUCACAGAAAAGCCUUCUUCGAUUUGCGUUUGAAUAAUUUGAAUAAUAAUAAGGUGUGAAAUGUACUUAUGAAAAAGUAUCUUCUUGUUUAAUUAAUUGCAAUUCAAUUCCAUUUUGUAAAGAAUGUAAUGAUAGUUGCUUCCCAUUUAUAUCAAAACUUAGAUAAAUCUCACUUUUGUCUUUCUUCAACAUCCAUGUUAAAGAAAAACAGAAAUGAGAUUUAUCUGAGCUUUGGUGUAAAUUGAAAGGAACGGAUGAGUCGCUUAAGAGACCUAUAAAUCUACGUGAUUACAUAUACAGGAUAUUUUCCAUAGAAAAUUGCUGAAAAUGAGUCAACUGUCAUUUUUUAAUGCAUACAGUUAUUAAGAAAACAAAAUUGUGUUGG